ACCUCACAGAGGAGACUGAGUGCCUCAUUUCUGAAGUGAGACUAGGAAGAGAAGAUGAACAAUUGCCUGGAUUAUCUCGCCUACCCUGUAAUCGUCUCUAAUCACAGGCAGAGCACGACCUUCAGGAAGAAACUGGACUUUGGCCACUACGUAUUUCACAAGAAUAGGAUACAAAUAGUGAAGCCUACUGUCGAUACCAAACCUCCGGUGGCACACACGCAUCACAUUUUAAAGCUGAGCAAACUACAGGGUGAACAAAAGCGAAUCGACAGAAUCGAAUAUGAAAACAAGCAACUGUGUCAGAAAAUCGCAAACGCCCAUCGCGGCCCUGCCAGGGUGGAUUGUUGGAACGAAUAUUUUUCCAAGAGCUUGAACAGAGAAACAAGAAACCGGGAGCUAGUGAGAAUCACCGUGGAAAACCAGGGCAUUCUGAAGAGGCUUGGCGAUCGAAAACCGCACUAUGACCGCAGAUCAUCCGAGAUAGAUUGGCAGAAUUCAAGGCGCUAUAUCAGAAAUACAACAAAAUAUCUUCUCUCCGGAGAUGAAUAGGUUACUCACAGUGGAAAAGAUACAAGAGAAAGCCCUAGGAUUUCUUAGCUGCUUAGACUCUCAAAACACUCCUAAGUGGCUGAAUGCUCAAUCCUAGGAUGCUACAAUAAAGCUUGGAACAUAAAAUGA